AUGGAACCCAAAACCGAGGCGUCCAGGAAGCGUGACAGCGACAGGGAAACGCAUCUCCGACACAUCUACGGAAUAGUGCCAAACCGAGGCCAACUCCUCGACCACCAGCUAGAGAGAAGGACCUACUUCGAUUCCGGAGACUUUGCCCUUUCAACGGCCCGAGAACCCUCCAGCAUGGGCAGCGUCACGACUGGAAGCCAGCAUCCGAGCCGCGAAGCCAUAUCUCACCCGUUUUGUCCGGAGUCGGGCCAGGCCAAUCUCCUCGAGAGGUCUAAUUCGAAAGACAAAGGAACCGAGACGAAGCGCAAGAGCCUUCUCGGUGAAGAGCAGAGCGGGGAUAAGUCGUAA